AUGAACAACAAUAUCAGCAAUAGCAGUCAAUCAAAAUCAAAAGAAGAUGAAGAAGUGACAAUCGACUUUUCACCAGAGGAAGCCCCUUCGUCGUCGCUUUGGACUCCCUCAGGCAAUUUUCUGAAGGACUUCAUUCACUUCAGCGGGCCUGGGUGGCUGGUAAGCAUUGCGUACGUCGACCCCGGAAAUUACCAAGCCGAUAUUCAAGCGGGAGCUACCACCCGAUACAACCUUCUUUUCACACUCUUUUGGACCUCGCUUUUGUCAAUAUACGUUCAAGUACUUUGCGUCAGAUUGGCGUUGUAUGGGAAGCUCAAUUUAGCUGAAGCACAAGCAAAAUACAGCGCCAAGACCAACGCAUGGUUAAGAUACUUUGAAUGGUUCAUCGCAGAGUUCAGUACCAUAAUCACAGAUUUACCGGGUAUUGUAGGCUUUGCAAUUGCUGCGAGGUUUUUCUUUGACGUCCCUUACAUUGUCGGACUGCUCUUCAGUCUUCUCACAACAAUGGUGUUCCUUUCAACGCUCAACUCUGGGUUCAAGAUAUUGGAGGGAAUCAUUUGCAUCUUUGUUGGGAUUAUGUCAAUUGCAAUAUUCACGGAAAUGGCUACUGUUCAACCUAGUGGGUCAGAUAUAAUGAGGGGGUGGAUGCUUGGAUUUUUGGAAGUAAAACAAGAUGAUAUCUUCAGCAUAGCUGGAAUCAUCGGGGCUGUCGUAAUGCCACACAACUUGUAUCUACAUUCGGGGGAUUUGAAAUCACGGUCGUUCGCAAUUAAGCAAUCGCCGGAUGUGAUUGACAAGGCCGCCUUCUAUUGCUCUAUUGAGCCAAUUGCUCCUAUUUUGAUUUCAUUUUUCAUCAAUUUGGCGGUUGUAGCUGUAGCCGCUGAAACAGUGUAUGGUUCAGAUGACGCAAGCAAAGUCGGGUUAACUGACUUUUGCAACUACUUUCAGAGUCUUCCAAAUGGUUGCUUUCUAUGGGCUGUUGCUCUCUUGGCAGCAGGACAGAGUGGUGCUAUCACAACUACGUACACUGGACAGUACGUCAUGGAUGGGUUUCUCAACCUCCAAAUACCGCUUGCCUUAAGGGCAAUCAUUACACGCUUGGUUGCCAUUACUCCAAGUAUCCUUGUGUGUCUGUUGGUUCCUGAUAAACUGAACGAACUCGUAAAUGUCGUCAACGCACUAUUGGGAUUCCUUCUCCCCUUCGCCUUCACACCUCUGGUGAAGUACAAUUGUGAAGAAAGGGUCAUGGGCAAAGGCAAUGCGUCGAAAGGGUUCGAAAAGGCGUUGCUCUACAUGUUUGCUCUAUUGGUGUGGGCUAUCAAUGCUGUCACUUUGUCAAUACCUGGAGGUGGUUUCUUUGGCGAAGUUGUGCCGAAUAUGGAAAUGUCAAUCAGCAAAGCACUGCUGAUUGCGUUGCAAAUGUUCUUGCAAAUAGGUUAUGCAUGGUGGAACUUCAAAACGCUGUUUGAAAAUUUGGAUAAAACAGAUGAUGUUGAGGAAAUGGAUGCAAGCAGCCAAGAGCUGGUGCCCAUGGGGCGUGAACAGGGCGAGUUAACGUAG